CUAUGGCUUUUGCCCUCCUGGCCUCCGUGCCCCCAGUGUUUGGGCUCUACACCUCCUUCCUUCCCGUCCUCAUCUACAGCUUGCUGGGUACUGGGAGACACCUGUCCACAGGAACUUUCGCCGUGCUCAGCCUCAUGACCGGCUCGGCCGUCGAGCGGCUGGUGCCAGAACCCCUCGCGGGGAACCUCAGCGCAGUCGAGAGGGAGCAGUUGGACGCCCAGCGCGUGGGGACGGCCGCGGCCUUAGCCUUCGGGAGCGGGGCGCUGAUGGCCUCCUCCCGGGACACCUUGACCUUCCAGAGUCCCGCCUCCACGCUGUUCCACUACCUGCAAGGGCCCCAACUCCUGCCAUACCCUCACCUCGCUCUUUCCCAGGUGCUCCUGGCCUCUGUGCUCUGCUUCACCUCUUCUCUGGACACAAGAUACAAUGUCCAGAUUGUGGGGCUGUUGCCUGGAGGAUUUCCCCAACCGCUUCUUCCCAACCUGGCUGAGCUGCCCGGGAUUCUGGCCGACUCGUUGUCCAUCGCUCUGGUUACUUUUGCGGUGUCUGCCUCCCUGGCCUCCAUCUAUGCAGACAAGUAUAGCUACACUAUUGACUCCAACCAGGAGCUCUUGGCACAUGGAGUCUCCAACCUCAUCUCCUCCCUCUUCUCUUGCUUUCCCAACUCGGCCACGCUGGCCACCACCAGUCUACUUGUGGAUGCUGGUGGGAACACACAGCUGGCAGGCUUCUUCUCCUGCGCAGUGGUCCUGUCCGUGCUCCUGUGGCUGGGGCCCUUCUUCUACUAUCUGCCCAAGGCUGUCCUGGCUUGUAUCAAUAUCUCCAGCAUGCGCCAGAUGUUCUUCCAGAUGCAGGAACUUCCACAACUAUGGCGCAUCAGCCGCAUGGACUUUGCUGUGUGGAUGGUCACAUGGGUAGCUGUGGUGACCCUGAGUGUGGACCUGGGCCUGGCCUUGGGCGUGAUUUUCUCCAUGAUGACUGUGGUCUGCCGCACCCAGAGGGUGCAGUGCCUGGCACUUGGACUGGCUGAAGGGACGGAGCUCUACAGACCACUCAGAGGGAGCCACAAGCUCCUCCAGGUCCCAGGGCUCUGCAUCCUAAGCUAUGCAACACCACUCUACUUUGGAACCCGUGGGCAGUUUCGCCACAUCCUGGAGUGGCAUCUGGGGCUUGGAGAAGGAGGCAAGACUUCAAAGCCAGAUGGCCCACCUGACACAGUUGCCGAGCCUGUCAGAGUGGUGGUCCUAGACUUCAGUGGUGUCACCUUUGCAGAUGCUGCUGGGGCCAGAGAAGUGGUACAGCUGGCCAGCCGAUGCCGAGAGGCGGGGAUCCACUUCCUCCUGGCUCAGUGUCAUGCCUCGGUGCUGGGGACACUGACUCGGGCAGGACUCUUGGACAGAAUGACCCCAGAACAGCUGUUUGUGAGUGUCCAGGAUGCAGCUGCUCAUGCCCUGGAGAGACUGGAGCUCACUGGUCCAAAGAUUUGCACAGUGUGGGUCUGACCCGGUCACUUGGAGUGCCGAGGGCCCCAACAACGUAUGUGAGGAGGACCGUGACCCCUAAGCCCCUUGCUUAAUGUAACCAAUAAAAUGAAACUGACAGCC